CCGCAAUUCGCUAAAGACCAGUGCGGCGCUUGCAAAACGUUUUUCACAAUUCGUAAAGUCGAUCAUCAAUUAUGUGCGUCAAUAUGCAUAAAAUGAUAUAUUAAUAAAUAACAUGCGGAAAAGAUUUAGUAAUCCCUAAGCGUGAAGCUCAUACUCUCCUUAAAACGAGCCUUGUGUCUGACCAAACACAUUUAAACUUUCUCACCACGAACAUUACUGAAAUAACAAAACCGAGCUUAUGACAUGUCAAACCGAAAAUGAAACCGAGCGCGAAUUUCCUACUGAUUGUGGUGUGUGUUUUGCCAAAUUGCGCGGCCGAUUUUUGGGAAUACUUCAUCGGGCCCCGGUUAUCCACAGGGAAUGGCAGCGAACGAGCGGCGCCAAAAGUUACGGAUCAGCUUGUGAGAAGCUACGGUUACCGUUUGGACACGCAUCUGGUGGCGUCACAGACGGGGCACAUUUUGACACUCCACCGAAUACCAAGAGGUCGAAAGGCAGCGGGUACUAAGCCCAGACCAGUUGCCUUCAUCCAUCACGGCUUGUUCGGCUGCUCAGAUAUGUGGCUUUCGAGAGGACCGCACUUGGACCUACCCUACAUUUUGGCAGAUUCGGGCUACGACGUGUGGCUGUUUAACACAAGAGGCAACGUUUAUUCGCGCAAACAUAAAUCUCUAGAUCCGGACCGCGAUGCCGAAUACUGGAAUUUUGGGAUCGAAGAGAUGGGUUACUACGAUUUGCCGGUCACUAUCGACUACAUUUUGAAUAUAACAAACCAGAAGGAUUUGUUUUAUUUGGGUCACUCUAUCGGCAGUUCGACUGGAUUUAUUACUUGCUCGUUACGGCCAGAGUAUAACAGCAAAAUUCGCCUGUUUAUGGCCUUAGGUCCUCUAGCGCACAUCAGACAUCCGCUCAAUUUAUUGCACAAAGUUUUAUUCUCCUUGCUAUCGCCGGCUUUGUCUCUGGUGGAGUCAAUGAACAUUUACGAAAUCUGGCCGAGGAGGUUCCACAUAAGUAGGCUGGUGGAGGCGGCUUGUGAGGACGGCUCCCCCUUUCAGAAGCUGUGUCUGAUGUUGAUUUUUUCCGUUGUUGGAGAGGACCCGACUCAGUUGAAUACAACUACGUUUCCUAAUUUCGUUCAGUAUUAUCCGGCCGGGACUUCGCUCAAAGUCGUGUCGAACAUCGUUCAGUAUUACGUCAGUGGCGAAUUUGCGAGGUUUUCAGGCGGUAAAACAGUUCCUUUUAUUUAUGAUUUAGCGAAAGUCACGGCCCCGGUGGCCCUCUAUUACGGCCCUGGCGACUUGCUUGUGACGCAAGAAGAUGUGGAUUAUUUGAGCCACCGGCUGGGGAAUGUGACGGGGAAAUUUCGAAUUCCGUACAAACACUUCAACCAUUUGGACUUCGUGUUGGCCAACAAUGCGCGCAGUUUGUUGUAUAAUAAUUUGUUGAGUGUGAUGGAAAAGUAUAAAUAAAACGCUGAACAAAACA